UACAUUUUGUUUGUUCACUCAAUUGGUUAUUUACUAUUAAUAUCAUUCCAAGGAAAAAUGAAAAAUAUCACAUCAGGUGAUCAUAUACAUUGCGUACUUUGAAAGGACAUUUAAAGUGGCGCGCGAAUUCACCCGGUGAAUGUUUUUCGUUUACUUCGAUUGGCAGGACUGUUCGGAAAAUUCGGAAAGUGAACAGGUGUUUUUUGAAUGGAUUAGCGAGAGAGAGAGAGAGAGAGAGAGAGAGAGAAACAGUAGGCGAAAGGAUGCGUAGAGUUUCGGUGAAUGGUGAACGAUCGGCGGCGAAUUGAAGGAAAUUUACAAAUGAUUAAGGUCCUCAAAGAUAAACAUGAACACGGAUUCAGAUUCGGUUUACCAAUGAAAAUGAGGUGAGUCCUAGGAACGAAACCUCAGUUCUAUAAGAACGAUGUGUUCCUGUAACCUUGCAAUCCAAUAAGAAGAAGGUAAGAUCUUGGAAGAAUAAAAUAUGCAAAGGAAAUGAGGCUAUAGCUAACCAGAGAAGCAAAGUGUUGCUUAAUUUGGAAGAUAAAAUUAAAAUUUAAAUAUGCCACACCAAUUUGGAUUGCCUACAAUGGCUCAUGGGAUGCAGUCUCCUCCGUCGCCGACUUCGGUCAUGUCGGUGUAUCCUCGCUAUGGCUCAGGCUUAUAUAGAUCCGAUCAACAAGAGCAGAGACUUACACGCGAAGCAAUGGAACGUUAUCUACGCGAUCGAAGUGACAUGGUGAUUGUAAUUCUGCAUGCUAAGGUAGCACAAAAAUCAUAUGGUAAUGAGAAGCGAUUUUUCUGUCCUCCACCGUGUAUUUAUUUAUUUGGUGAUGGUUGGAGAAUGCGUCAAGAACAGAUGCUUCGUGAAGGUGAAAGUGAACAAUCUGCUCAGCUUUGCGCUUUCAUUGGAAUUGGCAAUUCUGAACAAGAUAUGCAGCAACUUGAUCUCAAUAAUGGAAAACAAUAUUGUGCAGCAAAAACAUUAUACAUCUCAGAUUCUGACAAAAGAAAACAUUUUAUGCUCUCUGUUAAAAUGUUUUAUGGAAGUGGACACGACAUUGGCGUAUUUCAUAGUAAAAGAAUAAAAGUCAUAUCUAAACCUUCAAAGAAAAAGCAAUCGUUAAAAAAUGCAGAUUUAUGUAUUGCAAGUGGUACAAGAGUAGCACUUUUUAACCGCUUAAGAUCACAAACUGUUAGCACUCGCUAUCUCCAUGUAGAAAAUGGUAAUUUCCAUGCAAGUUCUACACAAUGGGGUGCAUUUACGAUUCACUUGCUAGAUGAUAAUGAAAGCGAGUCAGAAGAAUUUCAAGUGCGCGACGGAUACGUCCAUUAUGGUAGCACAGUUAAGUUAGUAUGUUCAGUCACAGGAAUGGCAUUACCACGUUUAGUAAUCCGCAAGGUUGAUAAGCAAAUGGCCAGUCUUGAAGCAGAUGAUCCUGUAUCGCAGCUGCAUAAAUGCGCCUUCUAUAUGAAAGAUACCGAUCAUAUGUAUCUUUGUCUUUCUCAGGAACGUAUAAUACAAUUCCAAGCAACACCAUGUCCUAAAGAAGCAAAUAAGGAAAUGAUAAAUGACGGUGCUUGUUGGACGAUAAUUAGUACGGAUAAAGCAGAAUAUCAAUUUUUUGAAGGCAUGGGACCAGUAAGAUCACCCGUAACGCCGGUACCGCUUGUCCAUAGUCUUCACUUAAAUGGCGGUGGAGAUGUUGCCAUGCUUGAAUUAACUGGUGACAAUUUUACUCCUAAUCUUCAAGUAUGGUUUGGAGAUGUAGAAGCAGAGACAAUGUAUAGAUGUCAAGAAAGUAUGUUAUGUGUUGUACCUGAUAUAUCACUCUUUAGAGGAGAAUGGUUGUGGGUACGUCAGCCUACACAAGUUCCAGUUUCUUUAGUGCGAAACGAUGGAAUCAUUUAUGCAACUGGUCUAACAUUUACUUAUACUCCGGAACCUGGUCCACGUCCGCAUUGCCCACCAGCAGACGAAAUAAUGAGGGCCCCACGUGCCAUGCACAAUCAAGCUAGUAUGUCAUCAGCGAUAGCUGAUGUACCAUGGAAUACACAUCAACCUCCACAAUCAGGUCUCUGAUGUUCUCUAGAUAAUUAUAAUAUUAACCAAAGUCUAAAACACAGUGAUACAAAUGAUAUUCCAUUUGAAUCCAUUGACAAUAUCAAGGGUAGCAUUUACGUCAAGAAGAUGUUAGCCAUGGAAGUCAAUAGCUCUGGACGAUAUUUAGACAGUAUAAAAACGUAACAUUUGGCUCACCUUGUAAAAGGUGCGCAAAAUAUAUGUACAAUGACGUGCAUUAUCUACACACUAAUAUAUGGACAUACAAGUUGUUGAUACAAAUUUACAGAGAUAAUAAUUUAUAGCAAUCUUAGAUAUACAUAAAAGUUUACAUGAUAAAAAUGUGAAUAAUUAGUGAGUUACGCAAUAAAAAGACACAUUAACGGGUUUUAAGUGAAAGACGCUCAUAGGAUAAUAUUUUACUCAAAUAUAACAGCAUAAUUGUAUUAUCUAUACGAGAAAAAAAAAUUUUAAUAUGCAUAUAUAGAAUAUGCAUACAUAAUAUGUAUACAUAUAUAUAUAUAUGUAUAUGCAAUGUAACUUGUAUAAUUGCAUAUCAAUAGGGAAGUAAUGGUUGUGCAUUUAACAGUGAUUCAUUCACUUUUACUAAAUCUUUAUAACUAUUGUUAUUGAAAGAAUAUAGUUACACAUAAAUAUUUUAGGUGCAAUGUGUCUAGAAAUGAGCAUAAAUCAAUAUUUUGCACAUUUAUAGAUUCAUACAAAAACGAGAUCACAAAGAAAUUUUAUUAUUUAUUAAGACAUCCAUUAAAUAUUGAAGCUUUGAAUGAUUAUGAGUUUGUUGCAUGUAAAUUAAUCUUGGAUCCAUAAAGAUCAGAGAUUAUCUUGUCAAUAGAAAGAAACUAUAUGACAAUAUAGUUUUUCUCUACCACAAUGACACCUAAACAACCUUUCUUGGUCGAUAUAUCGAUUUAUUUUAAUAAUUGUAUAUUUCUAUAAUGAAUAUAUAUGUAUAUAUAAUAAAAAUGUAAGUUGCUUCGAUCUAAAUGUUAUUAUGACUUGAACGUCAUAAUUUCCAAAUUAAUAAUAUAUGUAUUUUGAUGUAUUAUUGAUAAUUUUACUGAUUUUCUGCAAGAUGCAUUGUAUUUCAAAGCAUUGCGGAAAGAAUAAUUUUUUUACAGAAAUAUAGCUUCUAUAAUAAACAAAAGACAAAACUCUACUAUCAUUAUUGACUAUAAUUAGGAACUUCUCUAAUGUAUUAUACAAUAUAUUUAACUUUAAUAAUAUAUUUUUUAAAGAAAAAGAGAACAAGCAUCAGAUUGAAAAGCUAUACAUAUGAGUUUUUAUGUCGCUAUGUGUUAUAGAAUAAAUUGACAUAAUUUACAUUAUAUCAUUUUUACUUCAUGCUCCAAAAUGUUUCCUAUUCCUAAAUACUACGAUGAAAAUAAAUAAAACGUUUAAGAAAAACAAUAGUCAACGAUAUACAUAGUAUAUGUAUAAAGACAAAUUCUAUUAUAUUUGAAAAUAGAAUAAUCUGUACAUAAUCGAAAUUUGUACGUUAUAAUUACAAGAAUGUUGAGUGUAUUUUAAUAAAUAAGUCAUAUGUAUAUAUAUAAUUCAGCGUAUAAAAAUAGGUAUUUAUAAUAAUAUUUAUAAUUAUUAAAAAUUACUGGGACUAUAUUGAUGGGGGUGCUAAUUCAUCUUCGUACCUGUAAAUAUAUUAUAAUGUUUUAUCUUUUAUAUACAUGAAUUAUCUACGAAACGUAGACGUACGUAUGUUUUUAAAGAAGUUUUUAAAAUUGAUAGAUACUCAAAAACUAGUACUUAAGAAAAUUUCAUUACCCAAUUAAACUUAAUUCGUUUUAAUUUAAGAUUCAGUUGAAAUAAAUCUGGUUCAUUAGGUUUAUGUCAGGGUUGUCUUUUUUCUAAGUAUAUUUGAACGUAGUCGUCUCAAGGAGGAAAUGAGAUAACAUCAUCUUAAGAAUGUCUUCCUGAAAAGAUCUAUUGUGAAAGGAAAACGUGUAUAUAUUCCAUGGGAAUUUACCCACGAUUAACACUUGUAUCGCAUAAUUGAAGAAUACUAUUGUCUUUAUUAUUCACAAUUUAUAAAUGUGGAUUAAUAAGUAAUUAUAUUCUUUAAUAUCAUUGGACGGAUACAAGUUUAUGUAGUUUCUGAUUUUUCUUUUUCGUUCUUUUUUUUUUCUCUUGUUAUAAUUUAUGAAUCUCGAUAUCGUUAAAUAAACACUUUAAAAAAUCAUUUCGCAAUAUUUUCAUAUUCACAACUUACGUAUAGUAAUAUUUAUUACCUUAUUGUCAUUUUCAACAAUUUUAUGUACUAUUUAAAUAAUAAGAAAAAUGUCAUUUAUAUCGAAACCGAAUAGUAUAUGCUUUAGCACAAAGUCCUCUGAUUAUAUAUGUAUAAUAUAAAGCAGAUUAAUAUUUUACAAAAUUCUAUGAAAGUCUUAUUUUUAAAUAAAUCAUAUACAAUGCUUUUAGAUCAUUCUUUUAUAUAGAUAUACUUUUAUUCCCUUUGUAUUAUCAAUUAUACUGUUAAUUGCAAAUUGAACGGUAAGAGUGAAACAAAUAAAUCUGGCUUUUAUACUUAUUUCUAAUGUAAAACGAAUAAACUAAACAAGUAAUUUGCUUGUAUUUAAAUAAUA